AUGGACCCAUCCGAGGCAAUUCCAGUGCUAAUGGAUGUCGCUGGAAUACCUGAUGCCGACACGGCAAGGCGUUUCCUAGAGCAAGCAAAGGGUGACAUUAAUGCAGCUGCCUCUCUUUACAUUGACAGUGUAGCAGCGAAUAACGGGGUCUCUUUAUCGGACCCAGGGGAGGGUCUGAGGGCCCCGGAUCCGGAAUAUUCGCAAACACUGCUCAGCCCAUCGUUUCACCCUUCCCAAGCGGCUGCAAGCUCUGCUGGUUUUCCACAACGAAAUGUAACGGCUCUCGCCGUGGAUUCGUCUGCUGGGACGGUGGCAUUUCGGGACUUAUUUGAACUGCCUGGGGGAUUAUCGUGCCAGGAGCCAUUUGCCCGUGCGAGAGAGUUGGGCCGAGAGCAGAACAAAUGGCUUCUGGUGAACAUUCAGCAGGUGGAUGCAUUUGAAUCCCUCCGACUUAACAGAGACGUUUGGAAGGCGGAGGUUGUUCAGGUGAUCUGCACCUGGAUCUUAUCAAAGACUUCUUCAUCUUCUGGCAAAGAACAGAUCGAUGUGAAGAAGGCCAAAUUUUCUGCGACAUGUAUCGCGUCCUUCGUUCCAUAUUCAGGUCAUGUCUCUGCCUCAUUUUUUGAAUUCGUUGAGCGCCAGCAAAUGGCGGACUCGAAGAGCAAGCGGGGCGAGAAACCAUCAGAAGACUCUAACGCCGUUCCUUCAGGCGCACCCGUGGUUUCCGCUACCCCUGCAGCAGCAGCAGCAGCUGCUGCUGCUGGCGCCCCUAGCGAAGCUUCCUUUGCAAAUCCAGCGUCUCUGUCUGCAGCUGCUGCAGCUGCAGAUGCACCAGCUGCACUGACCGUAGAUGAGGCAGAUACAAGCAUGGGAGGCCACCAGUUACAGUCGCACAAAACUAGUGCGGACGAGGCCGAGCCCUCUGCCUACAAAGAAGUUAAUUCUCAGUUAUUGGAUCUUAUGAGACUACGCGAGCAGCGAAGGCAGCAGCAAGGGAAGACCGAAACACAGAGCUAA